AUGAUUGAUAAUUACAAGGAUUGGCGUGAACAAUUAUCUUAUGCGUUACUAGGAUACCGCACUAUGACCAGGACUUCAACUGGAGCCACUCCAUACCUGUUAGUGUAUGGCACCGAAGCAGUGAUACCAGCCGAAGUAGAAAUCCCUUCACUUCGGAUAAUACAAGAAGCUGAGUUGGACGAUGCGGAAUGGAUCCAUAAAAGAUAUGAGCAGCUGGCUCUGAUAGAUGAAAAGAGGAUGAUCGCUAUUUGCCAUGGUCAACUGUACCAGCAAAGAAUGGCACGUGCUUUCAACAAGCGUGUGAGAACUAGGGUGUUUCAAAUUGGGCAAUUGGCUCAGCAGCAGGGAGCGGUCCAAGGUGAUAGAGCGGUCAGUGCAAGAGCCCGUGAUUUUAUUAGUCUGAAUCCUUCAGAAUUUAAUGGGUCAAAGCUAGAUGAAGACUCGCAGGGCUUUAUAGAUUAG